AUGGUAGAUGGAGAUAAUAUUAUUGCGGGAUCUGGAGGAGCUGCGCUUUCGGGAGGACAGAAAUUAAGAAUUGCACUUGCUCGAGCAGUUUACUCCCGUCAUAGAAUUUUGAUGUUGGACCAUGUAUUCAGUGGUCUAGAUAUUGUUGGUGAAGAACAGAUUUUUACUCGCUUAAUCGGUAGACACGGAUUACUUCGUCAAUUGGGUAUCACGACUAUACUACUUACUCAUGCGGCACAUCCUUUAUCAUAUGCGGAUCAUAUUAUCGCUUUGAAUGUUCAUGAUACGUCUAAAGAGUCUAAAUCUGUGGAUGUGAAAAACAAUAAUGAUACUGCGAGACAAAUUGCGAGUGUGGAUCUCGAGCGUCCGAUUGGCAAUUGGGCGACUUAUCAAUAUAAUUUUGAGAGUUUGGAAUACGGGAAUCUGGAUGGGGGUCAUGAUUUGUUAUUCUUUACUCUUGCAGUUUCCUAG